UGUGUUUAACAGAUGUUUCUUUUCGUAGGUUCCCUCCCUCGGUGCGAGCUGUCGACAGAGGACUUCGACAUUAUUUGCGUUAUUUAUCAACUGCCUCAGAAGAAAAGAUCAUAUCACAGGCUCAUUCGGAAAAACAUACACUUCAUCACUCACGAAUUAAUGGCGUCCCAAGAUAACUUCAAGAAGAAGCUGCCAGUACGCCCUGACUUCAAAACAAUUCAGAAAAUGAUGGCCGAAGCAAGGGCGCUGAAGGCCUCCUCCUCUUCAUAUAAAAAGCAAAUGGAAGAGCUGGUGGAGGCUAGUAAGAGACUUCAGCCUCCGACGGAGGAGGAGGUUCAGGAGGAUCCAGAGGCCGACCUUCAAAGGAAGGGCAAGAAAAGUGCUGUACCUCCCAGACGCCCCACUGUGGCGAGGCCACCCCCAGUUAUGCGGCAGACAACUAUUCCCACGGGGGUGGCCCUCCCAGAGAGAAAUCCCACUGCUACGGAGCCUGUUGCUGCCCCGGACGCGGCGCCCCUCGCGGCUGUACCUAUCGAACAUGUUCCGGGGCAGCAGAGGAGAAAAAGGGCUCGCUCCAGCAAAGAGGUUGAUUUCCUCGGCUCCAGUUCCGAAGAGCCGGUAAGGGAGGUGCUGGAGGCUCUCCCUCCAGAAACAGCUGCGGUAGCGGUGGUCCACGGCAAGUAUUGGACCGAAGAGUGGAGGGAACACACCGCCUCCUGUACUGCUGAAGACUUGGUGGCGGCGAACAGCGCCUGCGUGGCCCGGGCACUAAGUACGAGUAUCCAACUCGAGGGCUUGGCCAAAGCUGCCAAGGCAGAGGAGGAAAAGAGAGCUGCUGAGGUCCAGCUCGCUGCUUCGCAGGCGGAGGUGGAGCGGCUGAAAAAGGAGCUCUAUGAGGUGGAAUGCCAGGUGGCUGUGGUGACUCGGCGGCUUGACCACGCUAAUGAGCACCACAAGCUUGCCACCGAUGCCCUAGAGGCCUCCAACAGAGAAAAAGCGGAGCUGAAGCAGCAUGCAGAGGCCCAGUCAGUGGAGAUUGCCUCUCUGAGGGAGGAGUUAAAGUCUGCGGGGGAGGUGGCGUGCCCAAAGCCUAUUGGGUCGGCUGAAGGAGGUGCAUCCCACACUGGACAUCUCUCAACUAGAGGCAGAGUUCGGGGGACCCACUGGAGGUCGGCCUGA